AGUCUUAUUGCAUUAAAUCGAUCUGCUACUAAUUUGCAAUUCUCAAUCUUUGCUAUUUUUUGUAUCUAAAAGAACAUGGUCCUGGGAAAAGGUAGUGCAAUGGUAGAUCUAGCAGUACUAUCAUUAUGUUUGGUGCUUCACUUUGAGAUGGCUCAUGCAGCCACCUUCACAGUUGGGGAUGCAAAUGGUUGGACAUUUAACACUGUGGGUUGGCCUAAAGGGAAGCGCUUUAGGGCCGGUGACACACUUGUUUUCAACUACAGCCCUGGGGCUCACAAUGUGGUGGCUGUGAAUAAAGCUAGUUACAGUGCAUGUAAGACCCCAAAAGGUGCUAAAACAUAUAAUUCAGGAAGUGAUCAGAUCAAGCUUGCCAAGGGACCAAACUACUUCAUCUGCAAUUUUGCUGGUCACUGCGAGUCUGGCACGAAAGUUGCCGUUAAUGCUGUGUGAUAAUUUAGUACUGGAUUGAUACAUUUGGCUUUAAUAAUGUAGUACUUUCAAAAAAAAAGUUUUUCUUGUUUUCCUUCACUCUAUGUAUGUCCAAUGUACUAAUAUCAUUUCCUAUUUCAGAAAAAAAAUUAAUAUCAUUUCCUUA